AUGAACAGUCUUUUUUCAUCGACAUCAACACAGCCAUCACAAACAACAACCACUACAACUACAACAACAUCAAAUAAUAAUUUAUCAUUUAAAAAUUAUAAUUGUGAUAGUGAUAACAAUAAUAUACAUAAUCAUUCCCAUAGUAACUAUAGAGAUUAUAAAUGUUGUAAUAAUAUAAAUAAUAAUAAAAUUAAUAAUAUAAAUUUUGAUAGUAAUAUAAAUCUUCAAUUACAAUCAAGAGGAACUAAAAUAGUUAAUUUAACAGUGGUUUCAGCAAGAGAUUUAAAAAUUAAUUCAAAUAAAAUUGAUCCAUAUGUCGAAGUUAGAUAUAAAGAUAAAAUAUUUCAAACCAGAGCAUUAAAAAACACAACCGAUCCCUUAUGGGAAGAGGUCUUUGAAAUUGAAAUUAAAGAAGAAGAUAGAUUAAAUAUUCAAAAUCCAAUGAUAUCGUUUUAUAUUUGGGAUAAAGAACUUUUUUUUAAAAACAAUUAUGUUGGGUCAGUUUCAAUAUCGUUAGACUGUAUCGAAAGAGAACAAGUUUUUGAAAAUUGGAUUGAUAUUGUAAAUAGUAACACAAACACAAAAGGUGUAUCAGUUGUUGGUCAGUUGCACAUUAGAGCUCAGUAUUUUUCUAUAGAAGACAUCGAAGUUAAUUUUGACGAAUGGCUAGUUUUAAAUAAUAGUGGUGGUAGCAUUGGCAAAUUAACAAAUAAUAAAAAUAACAACACAACAACCACAACCACAACAAGUUAUAAUUGUAGUUCAAAAACAUCACCAUCCUCUUCAUAUAAAGAUGAACAUUUUUCAAUGUCACAAAUCAUUGAUGAUCAACGAAAGCUAUUAUUACAAAAUCAAAUGAAUAUGUUUAAAAAUGGCAGUGACAACAGCGGGUCGUCAUCUUCUGCUUCAUCAUUAAACGAAGCUCAUAUUUAUCAACAAGAGUAUUAUUUAAACUUAAUUCAACAACAACAACAAGAUCAAGAAGAACUUGAUCCAGAAAUCUUAAAACUUAUAUUAAAACAAGAAGAAGAGGAACAAUACGCCGCUAACCGUGAUGAAGAUAUGUUAUCACACUGUAUAUUAUGUAAAAAAUUUGAAUCAUCAGCCGACAAUUUAUAUCUCAUGGAUGAUUGCUUACACAAUUUUUGUAAGAACUGUUUUAGAAAGGGCAUUCAAGAACAAUUAGAAAAUAGUGAAUGUAGUAUUGAUUCAGUUCAAUGCUUAUACGAUGGUUGCUCAGAAAAAAUUCAACAUUUUAUGAUCAAAUCAAUUCUCGAUAAAACAGAAUAUGAAUCAUUCCUAAAUAAAACUUUAGAGAAGGUUUUGUAUAACAACGACAACUAUAUUGAAUGUCCAUCAUGUAAUUUUGUGUUUGAAAAAAUUGCACAACCACCAUUAUCACCACCAAUAAUUGGCAGUAAUGGCCUUCCAAUAAUGAAUAACAAUAAUAUUAGUUUAAACAACUCCAAUAAUAAUUUAAAUAAUAAUAGUGCAAAUACAACAGCAAAUACCUCACCAAUUCCAUCAUUAUCAAACUCAUUAUCAUCGUCAUCAUUUUCUUCGAUUUCAUCACUAUUAUCUGCUUCAAACUUGAUAUCCAAUACUUUAAUGUCAAAUAAUCAACCAUCACCACCACCACAACAAACCACCAAAAAAAGAUUAAAAUUAAAUUUAUUAGCACCAGAUGGUAAACUAAUGUCAGAAGAAUCAGCAAGACAUAGAGAAGAAUUUAGAUUUAGAUGUAUAAAAUGCUGCACCGAAUUUUGUUCAGAUUGCAAGACAACACCAUAUCACUAUUCAUAUACUUGUGAUAAAUAUACAGAAUAUUUAGUUUCAAAAAAAUGUAGAUUUUGCCAAUCAAGCAUUCCAAACGUUCCAGGUAUUAAGGAAAGAGAAAUUUGUUACUCUGAGGAAUGUGAAUUAAAAUUAGGACUUUGCUGCGACAAAGUAUUAAAAUGUGGUCAUCUUUGUAUUGGUGUCAAGGGUGAGGAAAAAUGUGGACCAUGCUAUGAUGAAGAAUGUGUUGGUAAAGAUCGUUUCAACAAUGAUGAGUUUUGUAAUAUAUGCUAUAUCGAAUCACUUAAAUCAGCACCAUCAAUAAUGUUAGAUUGUGGGCACAUGUUCCAUUACUCUUGUGUAGAAAAAAGAUUAACCAAUAAGAAUGGUCCAAGAAUAACUUUUCAUCAUUUAAAUUGCAGUAUUUGCAAAAAAGAAAUGAAACAUCCAGCUAUUAAAAAAAUAUUAGAUCCAAUUCUCAAAGAUAGAAAAAUUAUUCAAUCAAAAGCUUUAGAGCGUUUAUCAUAUGAAGGUUUGGCUAAAUGUAAAGAGAUUGAGGAUAAGAAAUCAAAAUGGUACCAAGAUCCAGAUGGCUACUCAAUGGACCGUUAUGUUUACUACUCGUGCUUCAAAUGUAAGAAAUUUUAUUUUGCAGGUCAAGCUCGUUGUGAUGAAGGUGGCGAAGGUUAUAAUGAAGAGGACUUGAUUUGUGGCUCGUGCCGUGGUAGUGACGGAAAAGAAUGUAAGAUCCAUGGUUGGGACUAUUUAAUUUGGAAAUGUCAAUUUUGUUGCUCUCCAUCUCAAUGGUAUUGUUGGUCCAAAACACAUUUUUGUAAUGAGUGUCAUACCAAGCAGCAAAAAGGUGAUUAUCUCAAUAAAAAACCCAAAACUGCUUUUCCAGUAUGCGAAGGUCCUGAAAAAUGUCCAUUAAAAGUUGCUCAUCCACACGUUGCUGAAUUUAUUUUAGGUUGUAGUUUAUGUAAUAAUCUUUUAAACUUUUAA